AUGAGUCUCAAUACCUCUGAGGCUGGCACAGAGAAGCAACAACCAGAGUCCCGGCUGAAGCAGUCAGGGCCUGGAUCAGACUUGGAUGAAGGGGCAGAUCUGAAGGCAGCACCACUCCCAGCCCUGAAACCAGAGCUGAACCAGGUUUCAGACAAGCUUGCAGAGCCACCAGUGACAAAGGAGUCACAUUCAGCGGGGCGGGAUUUAUCUGUGCCCUCAUUACAGACAUCAGUUGAAGUGUCUCCGAGGCGCCGUUGCCGUUGCCGAACCAACUGCCUAGAGGGUCCGCUCUCCCGGGCCUUCCAGUGGCUGGGAUGGAAGGUGGGCUCGCACCCAUGGGUCUUCCUGCUGGUGCCCAUACUGCUGACGUCCGCCCUGAGCACUGGCUUGAUUUACCUGCCCAAGGAUAAAGAAGAGGACCUCGAGGAACAGUAUACCCCGAUCGGGAGCCCGGCCAAGGCUGAACGACUCUUUGUGCAGGGACAUUUCACCACUAGUAACUCUCAAUACUUCUCCAUCUCCAGGAUAAGCACUGAGGUCAAUUUUGCUUCUGUUCUAGUGGUCUCCCACUCUGACUCCCUUCUGGAACAAGAAAUCUUAUCAGAAGUUAGCAAAUUCGACAGUGCAGUGCAGGCUCUAAAUGUGACACAGGAAGAUGGAACCCAGAUCCUCUACAAUCAUGUGUGUGCCAAGAACCGGGGCUUCUGCGUGCCCUCCAACCCACUCCUGUUUGCCUGGCAGGUGGACAAGAACCUCGACCUGAGAAGCAUCACCUUUCCUAUCUACCACCAAAAUGGUCGGCGCGUCUCCAUGGCUGGCACCCUUGGUGGAACCGUCUUAGGCAACCAGGUUGGAAAGGACCAGUUACUCCUGGAGGCCAGAGCCAUGCGGUUGCAGUAUUACCUGAAGACCAAAGAAGGAGAGGAUGAGCAUAGCAAGAUGUGGCUGAUUCAUUUCCUGAACCAAUUUAGCUAUAUGAAAGAGAGUUUGGGCUUGAAGAUGAUCCGGGUGGUCUACUUUACAUCACUUUCUAGACAACUGGAAUUUGAAAAAAGUUCUACGACAGUGAUCCCUUUGUUUUAUUGGGCAUACUUUCUAAUCAUAUUAUUUUCAAUUGCAUCAUGCUACAGGCGUGACUGUGUACGAAACAAAAUGUGCGUUGCAGUUUUUGGAGUGAUUUCUACUGCCUUAUCAGUGUUGAGUGGCUUUGGCCUGCUGUUGCACAUUGGGGUGCCAUUUGUGACCAUAGUUAAAAAUUCACCAUUUCUUAUUCUAGGUGUUGGGGUUGAUGACAUAUUUAUCAUGAUUUCUGGCUGGCAGAAGACCAAACUCGUGGAUAGCAUAAAACAGCGUAUGUGCAGUGUCUAUUCAAAAGUGGCAGUGUCCAUUACAAUCACCACUCUCACUAACAUCCUGGCUUUCUAUACAGGGAUUAUGACCUCUUUCAGGUCUAUACAGUACUUUUGCAUUUAUACAGGAACAACCCUGCUCUUUUGUUAUAUUUACAACAUCACCUGUUUUGGAGCGUUUAUGGCCCUGGAUGGUAAAAGAGAAUUAGUCUGUCUACAUUGGUUAAAAAAGACAGAUACCCUUUCCCCUAAAUGUUCCUCAUUAAAAAGGUGCUGCUGUCUCCCAUUUAAUUCUCUCCCAGAUGAAGAGGAAGCUGAUGUUCAUCCAAUGAAUUUGUUCUUUAGAGACUAUUUUGGCCCUUUUCUCACAAGCACUAAGACCAAGUAUUUUGUAGUGCUUCUGUACAUUAUAUACCUCAUAAGUAGUAUAUGUGGGUGUCUCAAAGUGGAGGAAGGUUUAGACCUUCGGAAUUUGGCAAGUGACAAUUCCUACAUUUCACCAUAUUUUGAUGUAGAAGAAGAGUAUUUUCCAGAAUAUGGUCCCAAGGUGAUGGUUAUUGUUACUGAAACUCUUAACUACUGGGAUAAAGAUGCUAGGCAAAAAUUGGAAAAAUGUCUGGCAGAUUUUGAAAACAACCACUAUGUACAUAAUAAUCUUACAGAGUCUUGGUUACGAGAAUAUGUGGAAUAUAUGGAACAUCAAAGACAAGAUAUAAAUGAUAAGAAUACUUUUAUAACCAGCAUUUCCAGCUUUUUUGUGGAUUUCCCACUUUUUAAGUAUGAUAUUAAUAUGUCAUCAUCACAUGAAAUCAUUUCUUCCCGGGCCUUCAUUCAGACCAUAGGUAUUCCUACUUCAACCCAUAAGAAGAAGAUGUUAAUCCAGUUACGAGACUUGGCCGAAAAGUGUGAAAUUCCCCUCAUGGUAUAUAACCAGGCAUUCAUAUAUUUUGAUCAGUAUACUGCAAUAAUAGAAAACACUAUUCGAAAUGUCAUCGUUGCAUCAGCAGCUAUGUUCAUUGUUUCCUUACUGUUAAUCCCUAAUCCACUGUGUUCCUUGUGGGUAACUUUUGCUAUUACUUCUGUUAUUGUAGGAGUAACAGGUUUCAUGGCAUUCUGGAACAUCAAUCUUGAUUCCAUAUCCAUGAUUAAUCUUGUCAUUUGUAUCGGGUUUUCGUUUGAUUUCUCUGCACACAUUUCUUAUGCAUUUGUUUCCAGUUCUGAGCCCUCAGUAAACCAAAAAGCAAUUGAGGCAUUGUAUAUGCUAGGCUACCCUGUGUUACAAAGUGCAAUUUCAACAGUAAUAGGGGUGUGUGUUUUAUCUGCAGCUAAAGCAUACAUCUUCAGGACCUUUUUUAAGAUUAUGUUUCUUGUUAUGGUAUUUGGGACUAUCCAUGGUCUAAUUUUUAUUCCAGUAUUCCUAACCUUAUUUUGAAGGUUUGUUUGAAUAUCCACUAGCAAAUCAAAGGCCAGUUAUAGACUUCCUGAUUGCCCCAACUCAAUCUGAUAAAAAAUGCACUAUUAACAGAAGUCAAUAAACU